UCUCGCCCCCGCUGGCCACGGCCGACACUACUUCUGUGAUUAUCUUCUUCUUGUUUUGCAGGUGCCUCUUAGCUCAGUCUUGUUAUGAAUAUGUAUACAUUAAUUUUUGAAAUAAAAAUGAAAAAUUAAUCAUCAAUUCUCUCCUAGACAUAGCUUCCAUGAUUGAACGCCGACAUGCAUUGAAAUUUCAAAUGUUUGAAAUUUUCAAACCAUUUUAUCACAUGCAUGUUUCUUUUGUCUUAAAAGAGAGAGAGAGAGAAAACAGAGCUUGAAAAGAAAGAAAACAUGGCUAAUAAGGUAAAUGUUUCCGUCGUCUAUUUGGCUUGGUCGGCAUUUUCCACGGUUGUUAAUCUCUUCUUUGUGAGAAAUCUGUACGUGGGUGGUGAUUGGAAUCUGAGUUGGAGCAAGAAAGCUGCAGCAGAAGCAGAAGCUGUGGCAGCCAUCUCAUGCUCCGGCCAUGGCAGAGCCUACUUGGAUGGGUUGGUUCUCAAUGGAAAGGAACCCAUCUGUGACUGCAAUUCCUGCUAUGGAGGCCCUGAUUGCUCUCUGUUUUUGCCUGCUUGUCCUGCAAACGCUGAUAGUGGAGAUCCAUAUUUCUUGGAACCUUUCUGGAUGCAACAUGCAACAAGCAGUGCACUUGUUGUGGCGGGGUGGCAUCGAAUGGGGUAUUCAUACAGUGAUCACUCUUUCAUCUCUCCAGAGCUCGAGAGCCACAUCCGCACUUUACAUUCCGUCGUCGGAAAUGCUAUCACCGCCGGAAGGUACAUCGUUUUCGGCGCCGGCUCAACCCAACUUCUUAAUGCUGCAGUGAAUGCACUCUCCUCCGAUAAUUCCUCUACGCCUGCAAGUGUCGUAGCUUUAUUUCCUUAUUACCCGGUUUAUAAAUUGCAAACAGAGCUUUUCCAAUCGAAGAACUACAGAUUUGAAGGAGAUGCAUCCUUGUGGGAGAACAGAACGAGCAAUGCUACUAUGAAUUUCAUUGAGUUUGUAACUUCGCCAAACAAUCCCGACGGACAGCUGAGAAAGGCAGUCCUCCAUGGCCACCCAAAUGCCAAAGCUAUACAUGAUCAUGCCUAUUAUUGGCCACACUUUUCACCAAUUCCUACUCCUGCUGAUGAAGAUGUUAUGAUUUUUACCAUUUCUAAACUCACCGGUCAUGCCGGCGCUAGAUUCGGGUGGGCUAUAAUAAAGGAUGAGGCUGUGUACGAACGAAUGACAACGUAUAUGACCUUAAACACUUUUGGUGUUUCUCGUGAUUCUCAAUUACGAGCUUUAAAGCUUAUAAAAGUAGUCCUUGAAGACGGAGCAAGAGAAAUAUUCGAAUUUGGUUACGAGAUCAUGAGAGAUCGCUGGGAAAAAUUGAGUAAGACUUUGUCCACGUCUAAACGCUUUUCUCUCCAGAAACUUGCACCACAAUACUGCAGUUUUUCCCAGAAAGUUAGAGCACCUUCUCCAGCUUAUGCAUGGUUGAAGUGUGAGAGGGAAGAGGAUAGAGAUUGUUAUUCGGUCCUGGAAGCAGCCGGUAUAACUGGCCGGGAAGGUGGCUUGUUUGGUGCUGAACUUGAUCGUUAUGUGCGUCUCAGUCUCAUCCGAAGCCAAGAUGAUUUUGAUUUACUCCUUCAUCGCCUACGCAAAAUCUCAGGGGAAGAAGGAGCCAAGCCUUUCUAGUUUAAUGUAAUCAACAUCAGUUGAUUACAAUUACAAAGCUAUUGGCAUUUAUUUUGUAACAAAAUCAUUAUCUAGUGAAGUGGUCAUGUCUAUUGACCCGCUAUAUAUGUAUAUAUAUGGAAAGAGUAAUAUUGCUAUUGGCU